CAUUUCCCAUUUCCCUCUUCUACGGUCCUCCUCCCUUUUUUUCCCAAUUCAAAAAUCAACCUUCACCUCCACCAAUCCACCUCUACUGAUCCACCUCCGGUCCUCCACGACUCCACCCAUUUCCAGAAUUAGAGAUGAAGCUGAUCGAAUGCUUGACAUGGGAUUUGAAGAGGAUGUUCGCUUUAUAUUGGGAAAGACAUGUUCUGCUCGUCAGAUGGUAAUAUUCAGUGCUACAUGGCUUGCAGUGGUUCAUCGGUUAGCUCAGGAGUACAUGGCCCCUAAUCCUGUUAAGGUUGUGAUUGGCUCAAAAGAUUUAACUGCUAGCCAUGAUGUUAUGCAGAUAGUUGAGGUUUUAGAUGAUCGUGCACGUUAUGAGCGAUUGACUGCAUUUAAAAUUUCUCUUCAUUGGCUAAAUAGAAUGGGCAACAUUUAAAAUUUACACUCUGUAUGUGUGUGUUCGCUAACAUUUUAAUUGGGCUUCAUUUAAAUAAAUAAGUUUGCAGAUCCUUUCAUUCUUUAAA